CCCGCGAAAGAGAAGCGCGCGUUUUUCUCUGGCACGGGGUUUGGUCAGAGUGCUGGGCUGCCGGUCCCUGUGUGGGUAAUUAUCGCGCGGCCUUGCAGGUGCCAAGAGGAGCCGACCCGGUUCCCGGUGAGCGCAUAGCCAUGCCGGCGGAGCGGCCCGCGAGCAGCGGCGGGUCCCUAGCUGCAGAAAUGGCUGAACCCCCGGAGACCGCCGUGAUUACCCCAGCCAUGCUAGAGGAGGAAGAACAGCUUGAGGCCGCAGGACUUGAAAGAGAGCGGAAGAUGCUAGAAAAGGCCCGCAUGUCUUGGGACAGAGAGUCUACGGAAAUUCGGUAUCGAAGACUUCAACAUUUACUUGAAAAGAGUAAUAUCUACUCCAAAUUUUUAUUGACUAAAAUGGAGCAGCAGCAGUUAGAGGAACAGAAGAAGAAAGAGAGAUUGGAGAGAAAAAAGGAAUCUCUAAAAGUUGCGAAGGGUAAAAGUUCAGUUAAUGCAAGUGAAGAGAAUACAGUCAUGAAAAAGAAAAGAGGAAGAGAAGAUGAAUCGUACAAUAUUUCAGAGGUCAUGUCAAAAGAGGAAAUUUUAUCUGUGGCUAAAAAAAAUAAAAAGGAGAAGGAGGAUGAAAGUUCCUCCUCUACUAAUACAUGUGUAGAAGAGCUUCAGAAAAAUAAAGACUCAAAUACCAUAAUUAAAGAUAGAUUGGCUCAGACUGUUAGGCAGAAUACCAAGUUCUUUUUUGACCCAGUUAGGAAAUGUAAUGGACAACCAGUACCCUUUCAACAACCAAAGCUUUUCACAGGAGGAGUGAUGCGGUGGUAUCAAGUAGAAGGCAUGGAAUGGCUGAGGAUGCUCUGGGAAAAUGGAAUUAAUGGCAUUUUAGCUGAUGAAAUGGGGUUGGGUAAGACGGUUCAGUGCAUUGCUACAAUUGCAUUGAUGAUUCAGAGAGGAGUACCUGGACCUUUUCUUGUCUGUGGCCCUUUGUCUACACUUCCUAACUGGAUUGCUGAGUUCAAGAGAUUUACACCAGACAUUCCUACUAUGUUAUAUCAUGGAAGCCAGCAGGAACGUCGAAAAUUGGUGAGGAAUAUUCACAAACAAAAUGGGACACUGCAGAUUCAUCCUGUAGUAAUCACAUCAUUUGAAAUAGCCAUGAGAGAUCGAAAUGCAUUACAGCAUUGUUUUUGGAAGUACUUAAUAGUAGAUGAAGGACACAGGAUUAAGAAUAUGAAGUGCCGUCUAAUCAGAGAGUUAAAACGGUUCAAUGCUGAUAACAAACUCCUUUUGACUGGUACUCCCUUGCAAAACAAUUUAUCAGAACUUUGGUCAUUGCUAAACUUUUUGUUGCCAGAUGUAUUUGAUGACUUGAAAAGCUUUGAGUCUUGGUUUGAUAUAACUAGUCUUUCCGAAACUGCUGAAGAUAUUAUAGCUAAAGAACGAGAACAGAAUGUAUUGCAUAUGCUGCACCAGAUUCUAACACCUUUUUUAUUGAGAAGACUAAAAUCUGAUGUUGCUCUUGAAGUUCCUCCUAAACGAGAAGUAGUUGUUUAUGCACCACUUUCGAAGAAACAGGAAAUUUUCUACACAGCCAUUGUGAAUCGUACAAUUGCCAACAUGUUUGGAUCAAGUGAGAAAGAAACAGUUGAGCUAAGUCCUAGUGGGCGACCAAAACGGCGAACUAGAAAAUCAAUAAAUUACAGCAAAAUAGAUGAGUUUCCUAAUGAAUUGGAAAAAUUGAUUAGUCAAAUACAGCCAGAAGUAGACAGAGAAAGGCCUGUUGGGGAAGUGAAUAUCCCUAUAGAAUCUGAAAUUGAUCUGAAGCUGCAGAACAUAAUGAUGCUGCUUCGUAAGUGCUGUAAUCAUGCAUAUCUGAUUGAAUACCCUAUAGACCCUGUUACACAAGAGUUUAAGAUUGAUGAAGAAUUGGUUGCAAAUUCUGGAAAGUUUUUAAUUUUGGAUCGAAUGCUGCCAGAACUAAAACGCAGAGGUCACAAGGUGUUGCUUUUUUCACAAAUGACACGGAUGUUGGACAUUCUGAUGGAUUAUUGCCAUUUUAGAAAUUUCAACUUUAGUAGACUUGAUGGGUCCAUGUCUUAUUCAGAGAGAGAAAAAAAUAUGGAUGACUUCAACAGAGAUCCAGAUGUGUUUAUCUUCUUAGUGAGUACACGAGCUGGUGGCCUGGGUAUUAAUUUGACUGCAGCAGAUACAGUUAUCAUUUAUGAUAGUGAUUGGAAUCCUCAGUCUGAUCUUCAAGCCCAGGAUAGAUGUCAUAGAAUUGGUCAGACAAAGCCAGUUGUUGUGUAUCGGCUUGUUACAGCAAAUACGAUUGAUCAGAAAAUCGUGGAAAGAGCAGCUGCUAAAAGAAAGCUGGAAAAGUUGAUCAUCCACAAAAAUCAUUUCAAAGGUGGUCAAACUGGAUUAAGUCAAUCUAAGAAUUUCUUAGAUCCUAAGGAAUUAAUGGAAUUACUAAAAUCUAGAGAUUAUGAAAGGGAAAUAAAAGGGUCAAGAGAGAAAGUCAUCAGUGAUAAAGAUCUAGAGUUAUUACUAGAUCGAAGUGAUCUUAUUGAUCAAAUGAAAUCCUCAGGACCAAUUAAGGAGAAGAUGGGAAUAUUCAAGAUACUAGAAAAUUCUGAAGAUUCUAGUUCUGAAUGUUUGUUUUAAAUUGGAGCUGAGGGAGCUGGGGAUAUAGCUCAGUGGCAUAAGCGCCUGCCUGGCAAGCGCAAGGUCGUGAGUUCAAUCCCCGGUACCGCAAAAAAAAAAAAAAAAAAAAAAAAAUGGAGCUGAAGAAUAGCUUAAGUUACUGUUUACAUCUGGUGAUUUACUUAUAUUGGUUUUCAAAUCCAGAUUGUCCGCUUCACUUUUUAAGCUAAAUCAGUUUACAUAAUGUAAGUAGUACACUUGUAUACUUAAUAGAUUAUAAUUUCCUGAGCCUUAUUAAGAACAAAAUUUAUCCUAAGUUUAAACUUUCAGUUAAUUUUUUGAGGCUCUUGGGUAUGGUCUGAUAUAUACGUAACCAUUGCCAGAUUUAUACAGUCUUCCUGUGGAAGUUUAGUAAAUGUCUUUUACCCCCUUUCUUUAGCAGUGCAGUUCAAGGGGGUUUGAUACUUCAGUUAUGGAGUAGGCUUUCAAUAAGGGCUUAUUGGAGUUAUGCUUUCUAUUGUUGAAAUAAGAAAUUGUUUGAUUUUAGAGUCUUUAAGAUAGUUUACCAAAUAAAAUUUCAUUAUAAGAUGACCUUAUCAAAAUAUUUUGUGAGGGAGGUAAUAGUUCAGGUGAAAUAAUUGCAAAAGACUUGACGUAUUGGAAUUCAGUGUCACUGUGCUGGCUUGGUUUCUUUUGCUGGUACAAUAAGCAUAUGUCACACAAAGAUUUAUUGAGUGGACACAGAGAAGGCUCUGAAAGAAGCUGCAGGAUUUUGACAGGCAACCAGAAAUUAGGUGUGAUAGUAUGCAGUGUAAAAAUAGGACAAAAAAGGAGAAACUCUGGAAAUUGUAAUAGGAGGGGAGGAAAUACAAUCAGAUGAAGAAAAUAAGACCAAGGAGUAGCCCAAAAUCUGUAAUUAAGAAACAUGAAAGCUAAAAGGGGAACAGUUUAGGCCAUGUGUGGAAGGAUAUGAAGAAGAGAUCUAGAACAUACCCUAAGAUGGGGAAAUGCUCCCUGAACCAUAGGUUUCUGAACAGGUUAAUAGGAAACGUUAUCUUUUAUAUUCCUAGGCAGAUCAGACGAUAGUGUUAGGAAAAUGGAACUAUAGCUCAAAAGAAAAAUAUUUUGAGAGAACAUUUAAUCAAAGAAAAGAACACAAAACAAGAUUUUCAUUUUGUUUGAGUAAGUCAGACUUCACCAGUCACAUAAGCAUGCUGAUAAGUAUUGCCUGAAAUUCAUGGUCAGAACUUAGUGAGUUGCUUAGUAGAUAUACGAGUUUUUCAGUCUUGUUUUCUUACACUGUCAUGAGUGGCUGUCAUAGCUUCUUCCCUGUCUUUAUAUCUCUGAUAACUCUCACUUUGCUCCCUGUUCCACUGAGAACAUAGGAUCAACCAGAAAAGAACUUUUAGAAGUUUAUCAUCACUGUAUCGGUAAGCCUACUUGUUUCUGUUUAUCUUUUAUUUCUUCCAUAUAUUUCUUAUCCUAGUCAGAGCCAACUGAAAGCCACCCCCCCCCUUUUUUUUUCCUUUUAGUAGCAGGACUACUUGCAAACGUUAUCUGUAUUCAUUAUUUUUAGUUUACCCUUUUCUAUUUUUUUCCCCUGAACACAGUCCAGUUGGAUUUUCAUGCCUGUAUUCUAUGAGAAUUGUUCUUUUUAAUGUCUCCAGUGACCUCUGAAAUCAUUUUACCUGAUCUGUCAACAUUUCAUAUUGUUACUGACUCCUAUUUUAGUUGGCUUUUAGCAAAUACAUUUCCUUUCUCCUUCUUUGAUUCUCAGUUUUCUUUGCUAUUUUUUACACAUCUGACCUCUGAACGUUAGAAUGUUCCAAACAGGCAUUGUUACUUCCUUAAUGAUUUUGCUUCAUAACUCAGACUACCCAAAAUCUGAGUUUAUGAUUUUUCUGUAGCUCACAUUUGCUCCUUUUUAAAUUUUCCUUCUUCCAGUAAAUACCAACUCUGUUCUUUAGGUUGUUUAUACUAAGAAUUUUGGAGUCAUGGUUUAUUCUUCAUUUUUCUUUGUACUUCAUAUCUGAGUGUAUAUAUACUUUUUAAAUAUGUCCAGAAUUCUGCCGUGUCUUACUACUUUAAUGUGUAUUAAUAGUUUCUGCAUCUUUUAGUGCAGGUGUAUAAUUUUUGAUUGGAUCAAUAGUUAUUGUCAUUUUGACCAUAUAAACAUUCUCCAGAUAAGACAUGGGAUAUACAUAAUUGUAUGUUCGCUUUUUUUUGGUGGUUGAUAGCACUGGCUGUUGAACUUAGGACCUUUUAAAAUUUUGAGAUGUGGUUUCACUGAAUUGCGUAGGCUGGACUUAAACUUGCCUCAGUCUUCCAGAGUGCACCACCAUACCUGACAGUUUUUCUUUUUUCAUAUUUUCAAUUUUGUGCAACUUUUCCCCCAAAAGAUAAUAGUUCUCUUUGUGCUUAUCAGUAACUCUGGAAGUGUGAAUCCCCCAUUAUGUUCAGACACAUUAGGCAUUUCAUUGGUACCUCCCCUCCAAGAUUACAUUCCAUCAUCCCCACCCUGUCCCCUAGAGCAUUAUUAAUCUGGACUGUAGAACAGAUUCCAUCUGGAAUCAUACUUUAUCCUUCACUUAGGUAUUUCUAUUAGUUGUUCGUUAUCUCUUGCUUUUUCCCUGGUUUACUCCCUCAUUUUAGUAGAAUUUUCUUGUUCAGUGACUUUCUGAGAAAAAGAUUCAAAAGAAAUGAAAUUUUUGAGACAUUGUGUAUAUGACAACAUUUCUAUUGUAUAUCUACUAUAAUAGUUUUGGUUUCAGAUUUUAAUUAAGAAUCAUUUUCUCAGAAUUUUGAAAGUUACAUUUUCUAUUUUUUUGUUUGUUUUUAUUUUUUAGACAAGACCUUGUUAUGUAGUUGUGGCUGGCAUUGAACUCACAGUGUAGCCCAGGCUGGCCUUGAACUUGCAGAGAUUCUCUUGGUUCAAUCUCCUGUGUGCCAGCACACUUGACUUUCUUUUCUCUUAUUUCCUUUGUGUGUGGGGGGGUUCUUUGUUUGGUAUAUUUCCUUCAAGUGAUUCUUCUUUUAGUCCCUUUUAUUUUGUAUGCUUCUUCAAAUGCUUUAGGAUCAUUGGCUGUUCUUCAGAUUUGAGAACAAACAACUAAAAAAUUAAGUUCUCUGCAUAGGUCUUGGCAACAGAUAGAUUUCAUUGCAGUGUAUUGACUAGGCCAUAUUUUUGAGAACUCCUCAGUUUUCAGCAUACAUGGUAGGCCCUUUGUAGGAGAGAAAUCCUCCAGUCUGUGUAUAUAUAUAUAUUUUGCCAGUUUUCUUUUGGGGCAGAGAGGAGGGAAGGGGUUUUGGAAAUACAGACAUCCCCAGUUUUCAGUACAGUUCUGCAACCUGCUACCUCAGCUUUAUAUCUGAAUUCUCCAAUUCCCAGAGCCCAGCCCCUCUUGCUCACCUUCUGUAGGGAGUGUUCCCUUCAGUUUUCUUCCAGUUUGAGGGAGUGGUAAUCACUUUACAAGGGGGUGGGGUUUGGGGGUUUAACUGCUUCUUUCAAUCAGUUGUACUGGAGCCUUUUCAUGAAAGCCUGUAUCCGGAACUGAGACUUCUAAUUCUCCAGUCUAUUGUAGCAGUUGUCACUCAUGCAUUUAUUUUUCAGUUGCUAAAAUCUUUUGUUGUCAUCUCUUCUGUUACCCUUUCGUGAGUGUUUAAAGUCUCUUUCAUCUUUAUACUGUCAGUUUCCAGACCUGUAUCAAGGGACUGUGGGGAGCACAUGUUCUCAUUCCAUCAUGUUCAAACAAAUGCUCCAUGUUUUACUUACAUAAUAAAUUAUUUUCAAAACUGAGCCUUGUCUUUCAUGACUUGGUUACAAUGAAAAGUACUUUAUUUA